UCGUUGUUUGUAUUGAUUGUUUACUUUCAGAUCGUUUAUCAAGUCUUCCAGCUAUGUCUGAGUGCUUUAAAGAAAUGGAGCACUGUCGUAGAUGUCCCAUUUGGUUUCCCGAAAUUCGAAGCAAUGUCAAUUUUCAAUAUAGUUACAGCUUCUCUUUCCUUUCUCUUCUGCCUCCUCAGAAACUUGCCCUUCGGAAUGAUUGGUCAACUUCUAGAAAUAUUCAACAUAACCUCGAUUGUGCCCGAUCGUAUUCAAUACCGUUUGUUCUAUACCAGAUGGAUGUACUUUGUCAUUUUGCCGCAGCAAUUCAAAUCCUUCAAACAAUAUGAAGCCGUAGAGAUUUUCGGUCACAAAGGUCUACAAUUUUUCUUAAAUUAUGCCCUCAGUCCACAAGGUGCUGACAUUCAGGUGAGUCAGUCAUAUAUGUCAACUGUUACUUCUUCACUCUCUUCUUUUGAAUCUAGUCGUCCAGCAUCACGAGAGGAAGACAAACCAUCAAGGAAGCGCACUAAGUUUUUUCCUCUUAUUCCCGAUAGGACGUUUUCACGGUCCGUCCAUUCAGAAGGCGGAUCCGACACUGAUCCUUGUGACGCAAUAAAUCUAGACGUUUGCAGAGGAGAGACUGCAAGGAUCGAGGAGAAGAAUGGGAUAAUUGAAUUCAAAGUUAUUGGAAAUUCGUUGGAACCUUUCCAAGAUCGUGAAACAACAGUCUCGCUAUUGCAACUACAAAGCCUUUUUUCGGUUCAGCUACCUAAAAUGCCAAAGGAGUACAUAACCCGUUUAGUCUUCGAUGACAGGCAUAGGAAUAUGGUGUUACUCAAGAAAGGCAAAGGAGUUAUCGGCGGGAUAUGUUUUCGUCCGUUCCCCACGCAAGGCUUCAUAGAGAUAGUUUUCUGUGCUAUCACUGCAAAUGAACAGGUGAAAGGUUACGGUACGCAUCUGAUGAAUCAUCUGAAGGACUAUCAAGUGAAGUGUGGAAACUACCAUCUACUGACUUUUGCAGACGAAUUUGCCAUCGGAUAUUUCAGUAAACAAGGAUUUUCGGAGAAAGUUGAAAUGCCCAAGAAGUUAUAUCAGGGUUACAUUAAAGAGUAUGAAGGUGCUACGUUAAUGGGUUGCCAACUCCAUCCUCAAAUGCGUUAUACAGAAUUCUCGUCUUAUAUGAAGUGUGUCCGUGAUUUGCAUCAAGCCAUGAGCGAAGUGAAAUAUCCCAAUAAGACGCGCAAGUACGGUGGGAUAGAGCACAUUUUCCGUUAUCAUGGUGGUAAUGGGCUGCGAUUCAAAGAUAUCCCUGGACUCGAGAGUUACAAUGAUGAUGAUAGUCCCGCGAAAGAUGAUGAUCUGGAAAGCAAGAUAAAGCUCAUUCUGAAGAAGCUCAACGCUGAUAAGUGGAGUUGGCCAUUUAUUGCGCCAGUUGAUGGGGAAAUGGUUCCUGAAUACUAUGACUAUAUCGAAUAUCCAAUUGAUCUCAAAACAAUGGGUGAUCGCCUUCGAGCGAAGUACUAUGUCCACCAGCACUUAUUUAUUGCUGACCUAUGCCGCAUGUUUGCCAACUGUUACAGCUUCAAUGGAGUGGAUACAGAGUAUUAUCGAUGCGGGUAUCGACUGAACAAACUUGCUCUGGAAUUGGUAACAAAACAUUUCCCGUCAUCUCCUCUUCGUCCCACACUACCAGAACUGAAACCCCUGCUUGAUGAACAUUGA